UUGUAGAAAUAUACUUUUGCUUGAUUUCUUAACUACAUUUAAAAUCAGUGACCGUCCAGUUAUAUCUUUCUUAUUUAGCUCUUUAUUAGAUAGUGAUCGAUCUGAUCUGGAGACGAUCGAAUCAAAGUUUAAUUUAAAGAACAAGGCCGCAAGGCUUUAAAACUCAUGAAUAGCUGCUCCAGUACCUUUCAGACAUCACUUCCGAAUUCACUAAUUAAAAAUACUCAGCCACCUGCGAGAGCUCGAAGAUCAUCUCCCAAGUUUUCUAUGACUUCCACGGCCGGCCUCUACCAUAAUUACUCAAGUGUUAGAGGGCAAAAUAUGAUCUCUUUCGGCGGCCGUCCUAGUAGUACUAAAGCCAUAUAUGCUCCCAGAGCCCGCACCAUGCCACCAGAAAAGGUAGAAAUAUUCAAGUCCAUGGAGGAUUGGGCUAGAAGGAAUGUCUUAACCCUCCUAAAACCUGUUGAGCAAUCUUGGCAACCACAAGACUUUUUGCCAGAUCCUACGUCAGAUGGAUUUGUAGAGCAAGUCACUGAACUGAGAAAGAGAACAAAGGACAUUCCGAACGACUAUUUUGUUGUCUUGGUCGGCGAUAUGAUCACAGAAGAAGCCCUUCCAACGUAUCAUGCUACUAUCAAUGGCACGGGAAUUUAUCAUGAUGAAACAGGCGUGGACAAGACACCUUGGGCAAUAUGGGCCAAGGGAUGGAGUGCAGAAGAAAAUAGGCAUGGCGAUCUUCUCAACAAAUAUCUCUUCCUUUCUGGACGAGUGGACAUGAAACAAAUCGAGAAGACAAUUCAUUACCUGAUCAGAUCAGGAAUGGAUAUUGGCUCGGGAGGCAACCCCUACCUUUUUACCAUCUACACAUCAUUCCAAGAAAGAGCAACAUUUAUCACCCAUGGUAAUACAGCCAAGCUUGCAAUGAAGCAUGGGGACAAGAUGCUUGCUCAAAUAUGUGGAACAAUUGCCUCAGAUGAAAAGCGCCACGAAGCUGCUUAUACCAAUAUAGUAGAGAAACUCUUCGAGCUGGAUCCAAAUGAAACAGUCAUGGCCUUUGCCGACUUGAUGAGGAAGAAAAUAUUAAUGCCAGCCCACUUAAUGUACGAUGGACAAGACCAUGAUCUUUUCUAUCACUACGCUAAUGCUGCCUCUCGCAUUGGAGUGUACACAGCCAGGGAUUACAGAGAGAUACUCGAACAUCUAGUUGUAAGAUGGAACGUCGAGAAGUUAACUGGACUUUCGGGGGAGGGACGAGAGGCCCAAGACUAUGUUUGUGGAUUAGCCCGAAGAAUAAGAAGGCUAGAGGAGAGAGCUCUCGCAAAGGCUCAAAAAGCACCCCCCAUGUCUAUCAGUUGGAUUUAUGGCGGGUAAUUUAUUAUA